AGAAAAGAAAGAAAGGAAGGAAGGAAGGAAGAGAAAAGUAAAAGAAUAAAUAAAGCUCAGUCGUGGGAAAAUAUAAGAUAAAGAAGUGAAUACAGAAAUAUAUAACACUUUUUCAGGAUUUACUGCAAAGAAAGUCAAAGGCAUGGUUGAGAAUUAAAAGGGGAUAUGGAAGUGAAUAAUAACUUGUAUUAAAGAUGCAAUGCUCUAGAGCAUAUUGAUGUGUUCAUCAUUGGGAGGAAUCAAGAAAAAGUGUUAAAUGUGUACUAGUCAGGGAUAGCACUCCUGGAAAAAAAAGUAGGUUGUGAAGGAUUUGUGGGGUGAGCAAAGGGAAAGUCUUAGACUGAGAUACUUGUCUUCUGGUCAUAGAUAUAAGGCCAGAGAAGGCCCUUUAGGAGUGUGGAGGGCUGUGGCUGUACUAGAACAUGAAGACAGGCAUGGGCUGUGUUUGAGUGGAUGGAGAAAAUUCUCAAAGCUUUAAGCAAAAUACAGAAGGAAUGACAUUGUUCUUACAAGUCAUAGUCAAUUUGAGGAAAAGGGCCAAUGUGAGGGUAGUGAUGAGCCUGCAAGCAGAGAGGUCCCACAUGCUUCAUGGAUUCUUGUUGCAGAAUUUGUCUCUGCUUACUCCAGAACUGCUAAUUUUGGUUGUUUUCCUAUUUAUUCAGGUUUAACUUUUAUGAUGAUGUGGUGCAGUGAUUGACAGGUUUAAAGGCCACUCUAAAUGGUGGCUAACAACAUUCCUAUUCAACUCAAACCACAUUCUUCCUCCUCUAACCACAGCAGUGAACAAGAUGGACACCAACAUCUCUCUCCUCAUGAACCUCUCUGCAGUGAACUCCAUGAAUGUAUCUGCAAGGACCCAGUCAGUAUCUGCUGGCUACACUGCUCUGAAUGUCUUCUCAUAUUUGAUGUUUGCAAUCACCUUUGUCCUUGGAGUGCUGGGCAAUGGGCUCGUGAUCUGGGUGGCCGGCUUCCGCAUGGUACGCACAGUCACCACCAUCUCUUACCUGAACCUGGCCGUGGCUGACUUCUGCUUCACCUCCACGUUGCCAUUUUUCAUCACUUCUAAGGCCAUGGGAGGACAAUGGCCAUUUGGUUGGUUCAUGUGCAAGUUCAUAUUUACCAUAGUAGACAUAAAUCUGUUUGGAAGUGUCUUCCUGAUCGCCCUCAUUGCUCUAGACCGUUGUAUUUGUGUCCUGCAUCCGGUCUGGGCUCAGAACCACAGAACCGUAAGCCUGGCCAAGAAAGUAAUUAUCGGACCCUGGAUUUGUGCUUUUCUCCUUACCUUGCCAGUUAUCAUUCGUGUGACCACAAUCCCCAAUAAACUUGGGCCAGGGAAAACAGCCUGCACGUUUGACUUUUCCCCCUGGACCGAAGAUCCGGUAGAGAAGAAAAAGGUGGCCAUCACCAUGCUUACCAUCAGAGGAAUCAUCAGGUUCAUCGUUGGCUUCAGCACACCCAUGUCCAUUGUUGCCAUUUGCUAUGGGCUCAUAGCCACUAAAAUCCACAGGCAAGGCCUGAUCAAAUCCAGCCGUCCCCUGAGGGUCCUAUCUUUUGUCGUGGCUGCCUUUUUCCUCUGCUGGUGCCCAUUUCAGGUAGUGGCCCUCAUAUCCACAAUCAGAGUCAGAGAACGCUUGAGUGGUAUGAUUCCAGGAAUCACAACUGCAGUGAACGUCACAAGUUCCUUGGCCUUCUUCAACAGCUGCCUCAACCCAAUUCUCUACGUCUUCAUGGGCCAGGACUUCAGAGAGAGACUAAUCCACUCCCUGCCUGCCAGUCUAGAGAGAGCCCUGAGUGAGGACUCAGCCCAAACCAGUGACACAGGCAUCAACUUGGGCAACAAUUCCUCUUUACCUUCUGAAGACAAUGUACAGGCAAAGUAAAGAGAGGGCUCCAACUCAAGUUUUGUCUGCUUUGAGUUCCCCUGUGCUGUAAUGGAUAUUCCCUUUUGACCUUUGAGCUACACACUCAACAGAAAAACUUGAGAUGAUUUUUUGGACUUUUGUUACCUCAACCCAAGCAGGUCAAUAAAAAGACAAGAAUAAUAUACAUUUUCUUGUUAGUCUGAGAUAGAUACAAAUGGCAGCUAGUGCUAUAGCAUUGUUACUAAUACUAUCCACUUCUAGUCCCCUCACAGGCUGUAAACAUGCAAAUUCUCAUAAGUGUCAUUCUGUGGGUAAUAGGUGUAUAUUUCCCUUAGGUAAUGAAGGAGGAAGGGGAGAGACUCCUAGCUCUUGAAUUACACAAUUUCCUGAUCCCUUGUUUUGAAAUAUACCACUUACUGUCAUAAGAUCAGUGUUUUCUGGUGGUACACAUUUUUAAUUCCAGGACUUGGGAGGUUGAGGCAGGUAGAUCUCUGUGAGUUUAAGGCCAGCCUGGUCUAUCUACAAAGCGAGGAGUUCCAGGACAGGCUCCAAACCUUCAAAAAGAAACUAUGUCUUGAAAAAAACAAACAAACAAACAAAAACAAAAAAAAAUGUUUCCACUUAUGUCUCUCAGUGUAGCUACAACCAAAUUUACCCAGUUUGUACAGUACCUGGUAUUCAAGUACCUGCUCCAAAGUGAAUGACUCCGGAAUGGUACUCCAAGUUUUAUUCUCAGCUGCGGUGCCGCCCACCCACCUCACCACCUCACCCCCACACAUGCCAUAAUUUGUUGUCAUUUGUGUUCCUUUGGUCUUGGCCACUCUGACUAGAGUAAGGUGAAACCUAAAAAUAGUUUUAAUAUGAAGUUUCCUGCUAGCUAAGGACUUUAAACAUUUAUUUAAAUGUUUUGCAACCAUUAGUAACUCGUCCUUUGAGAAAUCUACCUUCUCUAUUGCCUGCUUUUUAAGUGGGUUGCUUGUUUUCUUGAUGUUUAGCAUUUAUUAUUAUUGUUGUUGUUGCUUUAGUUCUUUGUAUAUUUUAGAUACUAACCUCUGUCCAAUGUCCAACUGCUAAAGAUUUUUUUCCAUUCUGUAGACUGCCUCUAUACUUGAGUGAUGUUAUUCUUUGUUGUAUGGAAGUUUUUUAGUGUUAUUUGGUUCCAUUUUUUAUUGUUAAUCUGUACUUUAAGGUUCUAUUUAAAAAGUCUUUCCUGAUGCAAUGAGUUCAAGUGUAUUCCUUAUUUUAUUCUAUAUCAGAUUCAGGGCAACAUGUUUGAUGUUAUAGUCCCUGAUCCAAUUAGAGAGGAGUUUUUUACACAAAUUGAAAAUAAGGAUACAGCUGUUUUUCUUCUACAUGUGGCUGUCAAGUUUACCUAGCAUCAUUUGUUGAAGAUGCUGUUUACUAUAAUGAUUAUUGUGGGAGCAUGGACUUAUAUCUAGACCCUCAAUUCAGUUUCAGUGAUCAAUGAGUUUGUUUUUAGGCCAGUAGCAUGCCAUUUUUAUUAGAUCUGUAUAGAUCUAUAGCAUAGUUAUAUAGUUCUAGGAGGUGCUAUGCAUGCCCCAAGAAAAGGAAUCACCAGUCUUACCCAUUUGUGAAUACUGAGAACUACUGACAAGACAUAUCCAUUGAUACUAUAUUGGCAUAAACAUUAUGAGAUUAGCCAACCACUUUCUUAUUGGAUUUAAGACCCACUCCACAAAUCAAAACCCAUACCUGCCACCACUGUUGGAGCCAAGAGCCUACAACUAGAGAGUCAUAGGCCCUCAUGGAGAAGCUUCUGCUAUUCUGCUAAACCAGACAUAAUGUUAACCAACUAGUAAUGACUGUCAUUCUACACAUAGAUUGGUACAUUUCUCAACUCUCUCAUUUUCUUGUAGAUAAUAGCAAAUAUAGAGACUCACAGUUGGUUAAGGUGUAGAGAACCACAGACUAAUGAAUGCUUAAUCCUAAAUUGAAAAAUGUAUAUCACAUACAACCCUCAGAACCCUCCCAAGGUUCAGGGAUAAUUAUGAAACAGGUCACAGAAAGACUGUAUGACCCAUAGGUAGUAGCCAACUACAAGGAAAUAGUGUUUUCUGGGCACAACAGGGCAGUUGAAUACACAAAUUCACAGGGGUUAUGACGACAGUAUGACCGUGCAAGGCCAAGCCAAACCAAAUCCCAGUCUGAAAAGGAGAGCUGAGCAUGAAAUACCACACCAAGCUGAGGAGUUACUGAUAACCGAAAGCUUGUGGGAGAGAUGUCUUUGUUUGUUUGUUUUUAAGGGUAUAGUUUCUGGUAAAUCAACCAUGCUCCACUGGAAGGCCACACAUCAGAGAGUAUGUGGGUAGCACCAACUAUUGGAUGGGUUUAAAAAAAAUAAUAAGAGGAUAAAAAGCUAAGAAGAUAGGAAAGAAGGAGUAGAUCUGGGAGGAGUUGGAUGAGUAGAUUAAUAUGAUCAAAAUACAUUGUAUGAAAUUCUCAAAGAACUAAUAAAGAAAUGGGAAAAAGAAAAAUG